UUGGUCUAUGUACGCAUGCGCGGUGGGCGGAGCCAGCUGUAGUCCUGACGGGAAGGUCUUUUUGUUUGGACCGCUCAGAGACUCCCGACACUUGCUUCCCUUCACCUGGUUCACAACCGUUUUUUAUCUGCAUUCAUUUCGGUGUCUUUUAUGAAUAAUCAAAAGCAGCAAAAGCCAACGCUAACAGGCCAGCGUUUCAAAACGAGGAAAAGAGAUGAAAAGGAGAGAUUUGACCCUACUCAGUUUCAAGAAAGUAUCGUACAAGGCUUGAAUCAAACUGGCACUGAUUUGGAGGCGGUUGCAAAGUUCCUUGAUGCCUCUGGCGCCAAACUCGACUACCGCCGGUAUGCAGAGACACUGUUUGACAUCCUGGUGGCCGGCGGGAUGCUGGCCCCAGGCGGGACUCUGUCUGACGACAUGACCCGCACCGAGUUCUGCCUCUUUACGGCGCAGGAAGACCUGGAGACGAUGCAAGCAUAUGCUCAGGUUUUUAACAAGCUGAUCAGGCGUUACAAGUACCUGGAGAAGGGCUUUGAGGAGGAGAUCAAAAAGUUGCUGCUGUUUCUAAAGGGGUUCACUGAGUCCGAGCGCAACAAGCUAGCCAUGCUGACCGGCAUCCUGCUGGCCAACGGCAGCAUAUCCGCCUCCAUUCUGAUCAGCCUCUAUAACGAAAACCUCGUCAAAGAGGGAGUCUCUGCAGCCUUUGCUGUCAAGCUGUUUAAGUCAUGGAUCCACGAGAAGGACAUCAACUCUGUUGCUGGCAGUCUCCGCAAAGUCGGCAUGGACAACAGGCUGAUGGAACUCUUUCCUGCCAACAAACGGAGCUGCGAGCAUUUUUCUAAAUACUUUACCGACGCCGGGCUGAAGGAGCUGUCCGACUUCGCCCGCAACCAGCAAUCGAUCGGCGCCCGCAAGGAGCUGCAGAAGGAGCUCCAGGAGAUGAUGGCCCGCGGUGACCCUCAGAAAGAGAUCAUCGCCUUCACCAAGGAGGAGAUGAAGAAGGCCAGUCUCUCUGAGCAGGCUUUGAUCAGCAUCAUCUGGACCAGCGUGAUGAGCUCCGUGGAGUGGAACAAGAAAGAAGAGCUGGUGACCGAACAAGCCAUCAAACACUUGAAGCAAUACAGCGAUCUGCUGAAGGCCUUCACCUCCCAGGGUCUGUCCGAGCUCAGCCUGCUGCUGAAGAUCCAGGAGUACUGCUACGAUAACAUCCACUUCAUGAAGGCUUUUCAGAAGAUCGUGGUGCUCCUCUACAAAGCUGACGUAUUAAGUGAAGAGGCCAUACUGAAGUGGUACUCUGAAGCCCACCUUGCCAAGGGGAAGAGCGUUUUCCUGGAGCAGAUGAAGAAAUUUGUGGAGUGGCUGAAGAACGCUGAGGAAGAGUCUGAGUCAGAUGAAGAGGAGGCAGACUGAAACCUUCAUCACCAGACGAGCUUUUCAUUUUUGUCUUUUUAAAUUUUUGUUUUGUAGCAGCAGGAGCAGCAGAACAUCUCGACCCUUCUCUUCUACCUCCUGUUACUGAUUUAUCUCCACAAACACUUCUACCACUGAAAUGUUUAAGCAGUAUUUCAAACUGUUCUGGUUGAGGGGUUGCGGCUCCCAUGUGGAAUCAGAAAAACCAGGAAUUCUGCCCUCCUUUCUUGAUUAGUUUCUAACGCCUUCUCUAAUCUGGAUCCAAGGAUUCAACGCAGUCUCAGAAUCCUGGUUCUGAAGCAGGAUGGGGUUUAUAUUGAAGUUCAAGCCGUGCGACUGAAAAUGUUGUCAGUUUUGCCAAAGUUGUUUUUCCUGUCCCGCUUUCCUUUGACUUUCGAUUUAUUUUUUGGCAAACGCUUUUUAUUUUUAUUUCCACUUUGUUUUCCUGGUUCUGUUCAAUCCGUUACCCCAUCCUCCCACCCCCGCCCUAAAAGAUGCCUCGCCAGCUACCUGAUUAUCGUCAGUUUAUACUUUCUUUAAUCGGAUAUAAACCAAUUUGACUUUUUUAUGAAAUAAAGAUUAUUGAAGCGCU